AUGAUAGAGGAGUAUGUUGGGUACUUCGCAGAGCAUCCUUUUCCUAGAUUGACUAAUUUUGCAGAGCCACCACCUAGUUCAUGUGAUUCUGAUGAUGAUGAUGAUGAUGAUGGAGAUAGACGACUGAGGAGGAGGCGAUGUCGGGGUGGUCGGGGUGGCGACGGAGAGGGAGGAGAUGACGAGAGAGGAGUUAGGAGAGGAGGUCGAAGAGGAGGUAGAGAUCAAGUACGGGGUGGACCUUUUGGAGUCAUGGAUAGAGGAAUUCUUAUGGCUCAUGGUAGAGGUGGGAGAGAUGGGGGAAGAGAUGCAGGAGGCCGAGGAGAUAGAGGGAGGGGUGAUGAUGCAGGUUGA